UUAAGCCUCCCUCUCCUCAGCGAGGAAGGGGAGCAUUUUCCCUAUUUUAAUGUCCGCCUCUGCCUCCCUUGGGUUCUCAGUUCAUCGUCAAUCUUAUCGCCACCUUGAAAGCCUGCUCUCCCUAGCGGGGUGUUACAGCAGUUAUUCCAGAAAUGCCAGGCCAAAGGAAACUUACUUUUUAAAUAACUGUUUUGCAAAGCGGCUGUGGACACUCAGGAACAGGCAGGAGAUGAAGGGUCAACCAACUGGUGUAGGAAGCUAACCAGGGAAGGAUGAAGACCUGCCAUGCCACCUCAGGGGUCCUGCUAGCUUAUCUUGCAUUUCCUUGAUUCUCUAAGUGCCAAGAAUUUCAAGAGCCUACAAAUCCCCCCCACUUCCUUGCCCUGUGAAAUUCCUAGCAAAAUAAUCUAGCCUCAAGUAUUGACAACAUCAGUAUCUUGAAGGAAAUCAUUGUAUUUGCCAAUGAAAAGUAAUAUUCUACUUUCAAAUACAAUUUUCUAAUUAUUUCUUGAUCUUAAGCAAGUCAGCAUUUCCCCUGGUUGAAAAACGUCCUCGUGUAAAAUGAACCUGUUUUCUGAAGUCUUGUCCCCUGUCACAUUGACUUCUAGUCAAUGAAAAAUUAACCUAAUUAAUAAAUGUUCAUUGAAUGAAAAAAUCUUCUCUCUCUAGGAACUAUGUACUUUUAAUAUUUGGAAAUAUCCUAUCAAAGGGUGUUAGGAUAGGAAGGCUAAUUAUGUUGGGAAUUGCAUCAGUCUGCUUGCAUCUAAUGAAACAAUUGCAAUAGAAAAUGUAAGGCCAAUCAAAGGGCGGCCCCUCUCCCAACACCCCCUCAUCUCAAGGUUGCCCUAUGGCAUAGAAAAGGACAAUUUGAGUCUUGAGGAGGAAAGGAUUUUGCUAAAGGCCAAACAAGAAUUACAGGGGGAAAAAGGGAUCCUGAUGCCUGCCUGGUCCAAGGCUUUUCUCGGAAGGAGAAGGUGUGGAGGUUGAGGGAGAAAGCCUGAGAAAAAUCCACUAGGAAUCAUCAGAGCCACAGGUUGCCUUAGUGUCUGAGUUUACAAACUGCCUUCAGCCCUUCUUGGAGAGGAACAAGCUUGUAUAAGCUGAACUGUCCUAGGACAGGGCUUAACAUGGGAGGGGGUGCUUUCUGUACGCGGAUGGCUUUUUUUUUUUGGCCUGUGUAGUUGUCUAUUAUUCUACAUUUGACCAGAUGAUGGGACCCUGUGCUGACCCUCUCUACAGCAGGUCUGAACUGAAGGGAAAAACGAAUUGAAGUGUUUUUAAUCUGUGGAACAGGCACAUAGUUUGAUCAUUCCCACUUUACUUUAUUUCCUCCUUUUCCUAACCCAUUACCCCCUUACCACCAGAGGCAUUCCCAGGCCUUACAGGCAACACAAAUAAUAUUCACAAUUUGCAAACAGACUCAAAACUGGGAGACUCCUGAGUCUGGGGGAGGGAGCUGUAAGAAAAUUAAGGUGAAAAGAGAUAAUGAAGACAAAAACCCAAUUCCUGGCCAUUAGUAUUACCCUAAAAUGGUUUUUUAAACUAAAAUUGAAUCCUAGAGCUGAGAGGGCCCACCCAGUCUACCCCUUUUUGCAAACAGAGACAGGAAUACCCCCAAACUAGUGACAUAUCUAGCAAGAGAGCCAGACCAGAAUCCAGGUGACGUGGGUCCCUAUCCAGAACUCCUUUUCCCUGGCCUGUGUUUCUCAAGAGCCAGACUUCCUUCACUGCCUUUCUCUGUUUGCUAGCUCCUCUUCCCCUAUGCCUGGAGGACUCAACCACCCGUCCCUGGGCUCCCACUCCCAGCUGAGGCUCAGCCUGGCAGUGCUUUUCUGACACCCACUUCUCUCCUUCCUCCAGUACACGUUUAAACCUCAUUAUCUGGCUAAGUAUAAACCUCAAGGGGAGAAGGGUUUUUGUUUUCGUUUAUCUCAAUCUAUAAGCUAAAGUCGAGCUGGCUGUCAGAAUCCAGACAAAUAUCUGUUUGGCCGGUCAGCACCCAGCAAGUAAUUCUCUCAGCACUGAACCAAAGUUCUGUAUGUAAAGCAUAAAUCCCCCAAGAGAACUCAUUGCCCUCCUACACAGACACACUGGUGCACGCACACAUACCCCACUCUCUGCACCAAGAACAUUCUAGCUAGGAGCUGGCAAGCGGACACCAGUCCCGUAGCAAAAAGACACACCACACACACACACACAAACACACUCUCACAGCUCUUCCUGGAAGAGUCUGGACCCCUCCUUGGGAAUCUGGGAUAAGACCUCCCAAGAAUGGGCAGGUAAUUGUUCCACACGCAGUGUGUAUGAGUGGAAGAGACAAGUGAGAGAGGCCCAGGAGUCUGGGCGGUGGCAGCACCUUAGUGGGUCCCCUCCUUGAGAAACCCCUCUGCUGAAGCCUCUCCAGCCACCAGCCAGUUUGGAGGUGGAGUAGUUCAGAACCAACUGACGCAGCCCGGAAUUGAGCUUUGCAAAACCACUUGCAGGGAAGGGAAGCGUCUGCCCCACCCUCCCCCACCACGCGCUCUCAAUCCUCUGCCUGCCCCCUCCCCCGUGACGUCACCCUAGCCCUGUCCCAGGGAGCCUGCAAAGCCUCUCAAAUUCAAACUGCUAGACGCACUGCUGCCGCCGCCACCAGAUUGGAAACGCUCUUCCAGGCUCCGCCGUCUCAGCCGCCAGCCGACCUGGCUGGCCAGUUCCCCGACCUCCCUGCGCAAUCGCACCCUGAAUCCCUGGCGGCACAGCUUUCCUCUGCUCCAAACCUCCUCUUCCUUUCCUGCCGCCUGCUGGAUUUUUUAUUUCUGCGCACCCCCCCAACCGAAUUAAAUCAAGCAACAAAAAGCAGGGUGUCCUCCCUGGAAGCGGCGUCUUCUUUUACCUUGCUCUCCCUCUCUUCCUGAAGAUGCUAAACUCCUGGCGGACUGCAGAGGAGGGGGGUCCCGUCUUCUCCUGAUGUGUGAGUACCGCCCACCCUGCGCUGUCUUUGCCAUCUCCACCCCCGCAGCCAACCCCCUGAUUCCUGAUUUUCCCACCCCCUUUUUGCGCAGUUUUUAAAAAAAGUAAAGCAAUUUCUGCUGUGAGCCCAAGACGGGCAAGACACCAGAGAGGUCUCUUCAAGAUACCCCAGGGGAGGAGGAGAUGGGCUGGAUUUAGUAGAACAACUCCUUUACUAAUGACUCCGCGGCUAGCUGCUCCCCGCCGGGAAAUCAGGUUUGCCUGUAGGUACCUGAGCUGACACCGAAGGUGCCUAAAGAUGCUGAGCAGCGUUUGGUUCCUCAGUGUGUUAACCGUGGCCGGGAUCUUACAGACGGAGAGUCGCAAAACUGCCAAAGACAUUUGCAAGAUCCGCUGCCUGUGUGAAGAGAAGGAAAACGUACUGAAUAUUAACUGUGAAAACAAAGGAUUUACAACUGUCAGCCUGCUUCAGCCCCCCCAGUAUCGAAUCUAUCAGCUUUUUCUCAAUGGAAACCUCUUGACAAGACUAUAUCCGAACGAAUUUGUUAAUUACUCCAACGCUGUGACUCUGCACCUGGGUAACAACGGGCUGCAAGAGAUCCGAACCGGGGCAUUCAGUGGCCUGAAAACUCUCAAGAGAUUGCACCUCAACAACAACAAGCUAGAGGUAUUGAGGGAGGACACCUUCCUGGGCCUGGAUAACCUGGAGUACCUCCAGGCGGACUACAAUUAUAUCAGUGCCAUUGAGGCAGGGGCAUUCAGCAAACUUAAUAAGCUCAAAGUACUCAUCCUAAAUGACAACCUUCUGCUAUCGCUGCCCAGCAAUGUGUUUCGCUUUGUCUUGCUGACCCACUUAGACCUGAGGGGAAAUAGGCUGAAAGUCAUGCCUUUUGCUGGAGUCCUUGAACAUAUCGGAGGAAUCAUGGAGAUUCAACUGGAGGAAAACCCGUGGAAUUGCACUUGUGACUUACUUCCUCUCAAAGCUUGGCUGGACACCAUAACUGUUUUCGUGGGAGAGAUUGUCUGUGAAACUCCCUUUAGACUGCAUGGGAAAGAUGUGACCCAACUGACCAGGCAAGACCUCUGUCCCAGAAAAAGUGCCAGUGACUCCAGCCAGAGAGGCAGCCAUGUUGACACACAUGUCCAAAGGCUGUCACCUACAAUGAAUCCUGCUCUCAACCCAACAAGGGCUCCAAAAGCCAGCCGGCCUCCCAAAAUGAGAAAUCGUCCAACUCCCAGAGUGACUGUGUCAAAGGACAGACAGAGUUUUGGACCGAUCAUGGUGUACCAGACCAAGUCCCCUGUGCCCCUCACCUGCCCCAGUAGCUGUAUCUGCACCUCUCAGAGCUCAGACAAUGGUCUAAACGUAAACUGCCAAGAAAGGAAGUUCACUAAUAUCUCUGACCUGCAGCCCAAACCUACCAGUCCAAAGAAACUCUACCUAACAGGGAACUAUCUUCAAACUGUCUAUAAGAAUGACCUUUUAGAAUAUAGUUCUUUGGAUUUGUUGCAUUUAGGGAACAACAGGAUUGCAGUCAUCCAGGAAGGUGCCUUUACAAACCUGACCAGUUUACGCAGACUUUAUCUGAAUGGCAAUUACCUUGAAGUGCUGUAUCCUUCUAUGUUUGAUGGACUGCAGAGCUUGCAAUAUCUCUAUUUAGAGUAUAAUGUCAUUAAGGAAAUUAAGCCACUGACCUUUGAUGCUUUGAUUAACCUUCAGCUACUGUUUCUGAAUAACAACCUACUGCGGUCCUUACCUGAUAAUAUAUUUGGGGGCACAGCUCUCACAAGGCUGAAUCUGAGAAACAACCAUUUUUCUCACCUGCCUGUGAAAGGAGUGCUAGAUCAGCUUCCAGCUUUUAUCCAGAUAGAUCUGCAAGAGAACCCAUGGGACUGUACCUGUGACAUCAUGGGGCUAAAGGACUGGACAGAACAUGCCAAUUCCCCUGUCAUCAUCAAUGAAGUGACGUGUGAGUCUCCUGCUAAGCAUGCAGGGGAGAUACUGAAGUUUCUGGGGAGGGAUGCUAUUUGUCCAGACAGUCCAAACCUGUCAGAUGGAUCCAUCUUAUCAAUGAAUCAUAACACAGACACUCCUCGGUCACUUAGUGUGUCUCCUAGUUCCUAUCCUGAACUACACACUGAAGUUCCACUUUCUGUCUUAAUUUUGGGAUUGCUUGUUGUUUUCAUCUUAUCUGUCUGCUUUGGGGCCGGUUUAUUCGUCUUUGUCCUGAAACGCCGAAAGGGAGUGCCAAGUGUUCCCAGGAGUGCCAACAACCUGGACGUAAGUUCUUUUCAGUUACAGUAUGGGUCUUAUAACACUGAGACUCACGAUAAAGCAGAUGGCCAUGUCUAUAACUAUAUACCCCCACCUGUGGGUCAAAUGUGCCAAAACCCCAUCUACAUGCAGAAGGAAGGAGACCCAGUAGCUUAUUACCGAAACCUGCAAGAGUUUAGCUACAGUAACCUGGAGGAGAAAAAAGAAGAGCCAGCCACACUUGCUUACACAAUAAGUGCCAAUGAGUUGCUAGAAAAGCAGGCCACACCAAGAGAGCCCGAGCUGCUGUAUCAAAAUAUUGCUGAGAGAAUCAAGGAACUCCCCAGUGCAGGGCUUGUACACUAUAACUUUUGUACCCUACCUAAAAGGCAGUUCGCCCCUUCAUAUGAAUCUCGACGCCAAAACCAAGACAGAAUCAAUAAAACCGUUUUGUAUGGAACUCCCAGGAAAUGCUUUGUGGGGCAGUCAAAACCUGACCACCCUUUACUGCAAGCAAAGCCGCAAUCAGAACCAGACUACCUCGAAGUUCUGGAAAAACAAACUGCAAUCAGUCAGCUGUAAAGGGAAAUCAUUUACAACCCUAUGGAAUCAAAGGAUGCUGCUCCAAACUGCUGGAAGCACUGCAUUUGCUUUUUGUGUUUGUUUGUGUUCUCCUUUUCCCAGCAUUAAUGAGGGACUCUGGAAAUAUUUGGGAGAUGGGGUGAGGCAAUGAUAUUGCUUUUGCAAGUUUUCCUUUAAAUUAUUUCUCUCUUGCUCUCCUCCCCUGUUUUGUUCCCUCUCUUCUUAAGAACCACCAGUGAACAUGAAUGUUUCUACAAUGCAGUUUUCCUGUAUUUUGUUUGUGGUUUUGUUUCAAAACCAUCUUGUUUUUCUAUUGGGGGAGUGGAAAGAGGAGAUUGUAGUGAAUUAAGAAAGACUAGGCAAACUUUUCAAAUCAAAAUGGAUAUUGUGUAUUUUGUAGAAGAUCUCCAAAGAUCUUUUGGGACUAUAACUUCUUUUGUAAAUAAUGAUAUAUGGUAUUUCCAUACUCAGUUACCAAGUAUAGCCACUGGGCAUCACUUCUUUGUGUUAAAGUGCCUUCGCACUUUAAGUACAUUACUUAAAUGUUGCUUUUAGCUUUGAUAAAUUGAACAUAUUUUAAUGUGUUGUAUUUUUGAAAUUGAAAACAAUAUAAAAUAGAUAGAUGUUUCAGCUAUACUGAGUCAACAUACAGUUUGCUUGAAUUAUAGAAACCAGCCUGUCAUUAAAUGAUUCUAGUUCUAGGACUUUGUAGACUUAACUGUAAAAUAUUUCCUUUCCUCUGAGUUUGUUCUAAGUGAUUUUAUUUAAGUAAACUAAGGGGGUUUAACGAGGGACUAGAGGUAAUAAUCCGCCUCAGUCGGGAUUAAUAAUUCAUUAAUAAAAUAUAUUUAACCCAA